AUGUCUGAUAGCGAAACCUUGCUUGAGGGUAGCCUUUUUGAGGAACCGGAAGAUUUCAGACCACCAAAGCCGGAAUCACAUUUUACUAAAUAUGAAAGAAAGUACUGCACCCCUGAAGCUGAAAAAGGCAUCAAAGAAAUUAACCUAAGGCUAGUGGGUAAAUCUCCAUUGUGGGGUCAUCUUUUGUGGAAUGCAGGCGUAUAUACUGCUGACUACGUUGAGAAACAUGCAACCGAAUAUAUCAAGGGUAAGAAAAUAGUAGAAUUUGGAGCUGCUUCUGCACUACCAUCAUUAUUGUGUAGCUUGAACGGCGCCGAAAAGGUUGUUUGUACCGAUUAUCCGGAUCCAGACUUGCUAGAGAACAUCAAGUACAACGUUGACCACCUCGAAUAUCCCGAAGCGCAAAAGGUAAUUGAUGUGGAAGGAUAUAUUUGGGGUAACGACACAAGCGAUGUGUCUGCAAUACUCGGGGGAACCGGGAAGGCUGAUUUUCUCAUCAUGAGUGAUCUUGUAUUCAAUCACUCCGAACAUCAUAAACUUCUCAAGGCAUGCAAAGAAUUAAUCAAGCCCUUACAAGACGGUAAAGCACGAACUGGAGGUAAGUGCUUGGUUGUCUGGUCUCCACACAGACCCAAGCCUAAGAUGGUUGAAAACGAUUUCAAGUUUUUCAGUGAUGCCAAGGAGGUUUUCGACUUCGAUGUAGAGAUGGUGGAGAUGGUACACUGGGACCAUCCUAUGUUUCCCGAGGAUGGACCGGAAACCGAAGAAUUACGAAAAAGAGUAUACUGUUAUCUCUUGCAUCCUACGUGGUGA